AUUAAGCCAUGGCUUUCCCGCAAUAGGUCGUCGAACCCUCGAUCGCCACUCCGGGACCGAAGAAGAAGAGCGCCAAGAGGGAGUGCUCGGCUAUGGCGCGAUCCGGUGUUCUUCGGCGCUGCGCAUCCGGCGUCGCGAAUUGGAGGCGGCAGAGCAUCGUCGCAGGUGCUAGUCUUAAUCUCCCCUCUUUCUCCACGGCGGAGCAGGGAUCUCCUCCUCUCGCACCCCGCCAUGGCGCGGUGGCAAGAUUUCUAGGUUUUCAACCCGGCGGCAUUGCGCUGCGGAGGAAUCUCUGCACGGGCACGACUCUUGGAUCGGCCGCGGCGGAGGAAUGCAUCAAUGCGGCUCCGGCGCCAGCGCCAUACAGCCCCGCCACUGGCACGUAUUCCAGCGCCCGCCCGCCGCUCAAGAUGCCCGAGGAUCCGUGCAUGGACGUCACCACAUUCGUGAUGAGCGGCAAGGACAAUCUCGCGGACAAGCCGGCGCUGAUCGAUGCGAAGACCGGCCACACCAUGACUUACUCGCAGCUCCAGCACGCGAUCUGCUCGGUGGAGCUGGGACUGGUCAGUAUCGGUGUCCGUCAGGGAGAUGUGGUGAUGCUCGUGUCCCGGAACUCCGUCCACUAUCCAGUGGCAUUCCUGGCGACCACAUCGGUGGGAGGAGUUCUCGCGACGCUCAAUCCACUGACGUCGGCCGGGGAGGCGAAGAAACAGGCCGAGGCAGCGGGAGCUCGGUUCGUCAUCGUGGAGGAGGAGUUCGUGGACAAGGUGGCGGAGCUCGGGGUGCCACUGGUGAUCAUCGAGAAGGGCGACAAGAUCAAAGUUGGCUCCACGGAGGUUGCCUUUUCGGAUCUCCUGGCGUCGGAUCCUUCGUGCAGCAGCGCUCCGGAGACGAAGAUCAGCCAGGACGAUCCGGCUCUCGUGCUCUACUCUGCCGGAACUACAGGGCCGAGCAAAGGGGUGGUGCUAAGCCACAAGAACAUCAUCGCCCAGUUACUCCAGCUCUCGGUGCUCGGAGAGACGGACGCAGGGACGCAUCUGUGCUGUCUGCCGAUGUCUCAUGUGUUUGGCUUGGUGGUGAUCACGCUCCAGCAGUUGUACAGAGGAGCUACGGUGGUGGUGAUGCCCAAGCUCGACAUGAACGACGCUCCAAACUUGAUCUCGGCUCACAAAGUCACUCACCUCUACGCGCUUCCUAACACCAUCGCGGGCAUUCUCAAGAUAAUGACGACAAGUACUUCCCCAGGUAGUUUUAGUUCUCUUCAACGUGUUCUGUGCGGUGGAGCUCCCCUGCGCAAGGAAGUGAUCGAGGAGUUCUGCAAGCAAGUUCCCGAUGCUUCCUUUGUUCAGAUUUAUGGAUUGACAGAGGCCACCGGAGCAGUGGCACUGAAUAAUCUGAAAGAAGAUCAAUUCCCAGACUCUGUCGGUACUCUUCUCUCUGGAAUUGAGGCCAAGAUCCUGAAUGGCGAUAAAGAGCCUUUGGGUCCAAAUAACCAAGGAGAGCUUCAUGUCCGUGGACCAAACGUCAUGAAAGGCUACUUCAAAGGUGUUGACGAGACUUUGGAUCAAGAUGGUUGGCUGAGCACUGGCGACCUCGUGAGUUUCGACGAAGAAGGUAGAAUGUUCGUCAUUGAUCGGAUCAAGUACAAGUCUCACCAGGUUGCUCCAGUCGAGCUAGAAGCGAUUUUGCUUUCCCACCCUUGCAUAGUAGAUGCUGCAGUUGUCCCAGCUCCGGGUGAGGAGGCGGGGCAAGUUCCAGUAGCAUUUGUUGUACAAUCUCCGGAUGGUAAUCUCACCGAGAACCGAGUGAAGGAGUUCCUAGCUGAGAGAGUUGCUCCAUACAAGAAGGUACAACAAGUGUUAUUCGUAGACGAGAUUCCAAAGACAGGCUCGGGAAAAAUUCUACGUGGGGAUUUGCUCCAGAGACAUUUGUGAUAGAAAUAAGGAAAGCUCCAUCUAUUUUUUUUGGUUA